CCAACCAAAAUUAAAUAACUACCUAAAGACAUAACAAUGGUAGCCUCAAGUUCUUCCCUCUCAAAAGUUUAUAGGCUUAUAUAAAUGCCAAAUAUUUGUUAUCAACAACCAUCAUGCUUUAGAAAGAUGGCAGCGAAGGCGAGAAUUUUUGUAGGUCUUUUUCUUAUUUUCACGAUCCUCCCUUCUCUGUCCUCAGCAUUUACAGAUCAUCUUCCUGAAGUUCUCCUAGUGAACGAUUCUGAUAAAAAUAUUGAUGUGCCAAUCCAUGUUAAUAAUGUUGCUCAUGUCAGCAACGAUGAUGACACAAUUUUUGAACUAGAUGGUAAAAAGGGAAAAAAACUGAAAAAGGCAUUGAAGAAAAGGGCACAAAAACAGCAUGAUCUGCGGGAAAAAAAUCUUGAUCAUGACAUCAAUGAAGAAAGCGAACCUGAAGAAGAUGCUACACCUGUGCCUGUUGAUCAAACACCUAAUCCUGAGCCUGUUAAUCCAACGCCUAAUCCUGUACCCGUUAAUCCAACACCUACGAAUGUGCCUGCAGGAUUUCCAGGAGCAACUCUACCACCUGUGACAAUAGGAUAUGGGGGUGCACCUCAAACACCUAAUCCAUCAGCCACACAAACACCUGUGCCUGUACAGCCAGCUCCAGGGCAAAAACAUCCAACACCAGAAGAAAUUAAAGAGCUACGUAAACAUGCCGGAUUGGAAGUAGGAUUUUACGAUGAAAUUUGCCCAAAAGCUGAGAAGAUUAUUAAGGAUGGCAUGAUCAGGGCUUUUGGGAAUGAUUCCAGCAUUGCUGCUGCGAUUCCCCGCCUUCUAUUGCAUGAUUGCUUUGUCAAUGGAUGUGAUGCAUCACUAUUGCUAGACCAGACACCAAGUGGGGCAAGGGUAGAAAAGCUCGCCAACUCCAAUGGACCAACAGUUAGGGGAUUUGAUCUCAUUGACCAGAUCAAGGCUGAGCUUGAGGCAGAAUGCCCCGGCGUAGUCUCGUGCACAGAUCUUUUGGUAUAUUUAUCAAGGGAGGCCUUUGUUGUAUCCGGUGUCCCUCAGUACGACGUGCCUGGUGGACGUCGUGAUGGAAUGGAAUCCCUUGAAGCAAAUGUUCAUGGCAACCUCCCACUUCCUGAUAAUACAGUGGAUACGUUGAUUGACCUCUUUAAAAGGAAGGGCCUGAAUGAAGAGGAUUUGGCGGUUUUAAUUGGUGCCCACUCCAUUGGAGUAGCACACUGUUUCAGCUUCCUUUACCGAUUGGAUAAUCCUCAGAAGGCGGCCAUGGUAGAUCCAAGGCUCGCUGGAGUUAUGCGAUUCACAUGUACCAACCAAAUGAAUACUUUGGCUUUUGAUACCACUACACAGUACAAGAUGGAUUCUAUUUACUACAAGCAGCUGGCUCAAAAGAGAGGACUACUUGAAUCAGAUGUGCUUUUGAGUGAAGAUCCCAGAACAAAGGACUAUAUCCAGAAGUUCGGUGAUGACCAAUCGGGAUGGUUCAAUAAGUUGGGCAAGGCCAUGAACAAGUUGGCUUCAAUACAAGUGCUCACUGGUGACCAGGGGCAGAUCAGGAAACAGUGCAGGGCUGUUAACUGAAAAACUGGAUAUAAGGCUCUAACAUGCAUCAAAGCAGAACUGGUUCCUCUCUUUUUUGUUUUAACCAAUUUUUACUUAGUAGCUCAUAGGACUAAUAUAACAAACAUACAAAUGGUGCAUGAUAGAUGAGACUUGCUCAUCUACAACAAAUUAAACACCACGUGCAAAGCAAGUCCUUGUCUAAAAUGAGAUCACAAUUUUGUACUUCCCAGUUCUACUAAAGAUAGCUAAUGUAAUUGCUUCAACAGACAAUGCACGGAAAUAAUUCUCUUGUACAACUGCUUG